CUUCCAUGGAACUUUUUAAUUCAACAAAAUGUUCUUUAUAACAGAAAAUGUGUGGGUGAUAAAAAUGUUCUUUAUACUAUUUUCAAAAGAUCUUCAAAAGAACUCUUCAGAAAGAGUGAAUCAAAUAAAUAUUUUUUAUAUUCCCCUUUAAUAUUUUUUUUUUUAAAGUUUCUUUUGAGGAACCAAAAGUCUUUAUUAAAAAAAAGAUUACUUCUCUUUCCUGUGGAUCCAUACAUAGAGGUGAAAAGACAGUAUGUGCUUCAGAUGUGUCAAGGACAGCUAAUGGGAGAAGGGGAUUUUGUAGCCCCAGUUAGACCUGUGGAGCUGUGAUUGGUCUGGGCUGAAACUGAGACAGCCCCCCAGACUAGGGUUUAAAGGAUUAUCUCAGAUAAACAAAUGGACAGGCACUCUGUCAAAGCCGCGCAACUCAGUGCUGGUAAACAUGUAGCUCUGCAUAAUUUGUUAAAGUAAAACUACUCUGAUGUCACAAAGCCAAAUUUAAGGUUUGUUUACCUCACUUUUCUCUUAUUUUCAUGCAAAGGAGAAGCAAGCUGCAGCAUCAACAUCACUGAUGUCCUGAAGGUCAUGCUGUUUUUGCUCUUCUUCUACACUCACGUGCCAACAGUGACAACAAAGUCCAGUUGCUUUAUUUAUAUAUACAGUAUAGUAACACACUUUUGGCAUAUAUAAGAAUAACAUUGACUGGCUUUAUUUUCAUUUCUUCAAAUGACAUGUUCUCAUAAGCAACAAGGUGACAUUAGGUUGAUUUAUUACUCUUGAUGAAUCUGUUGUCAGCAGGUUGGAGAGAGACAGAAUCAAACGACAUGUGAAACUUGUAGAGAUGUGCUCCAAACAAGGACCUGCGAGCUUAGGUGAAGUGUUCAGCUGUUUCGUCAAGUUCUAAAUUCACCUAACACAUCCUCACAUGGUGCUGGUUCCUUAACAAAUUGCUAUUUAUAUUGCAUCUUCGAGCCAUCAUUGAUAUCACGUCCCUGUCACUUUCAGUUAGGACCUUCGUUUACACAUGCUUAAUGCAGGUCUGCUGUUUAUUUGAUUGGUUUGUAUCUGUAUUAAACAAAAAUAAGUUUUAAAGAUGAAAUACAUAAUUUCUUUACACAAGAGUCACCACAAUAGAAUAUUAAAAGAGAUGACAUUUAUAAAAAGGUUUCAAACACUUUAGUACGAUUUGCUUAUCCCACAUUGACGGUUGGGUUUAGUGAUGGGGUUGGGUUGGGUGCCUUUAAAAUCGUACAUUUUGGAUGACUUCACUUGUACGAAUUCAUACGAAUUAGCCACCAAACCGACAAAACAUUAAAUGGUUAAGUUUCCUUGUGAGAUCAGGCUGGAUUGUCAGACCUGUUAAAUCUCUGCAGUUACAAUUUCAUAAACUUUUGACAAUGCAAAAAAAAAAAAAGAUUUAUAUAUGAUAUCAUUCUUUAAUUGUCAGUUGAGCAUGCAGAUGCAAAAGUCAGAAUAGAAAAUAAAUACCAAAGACACUGGACAGUCCAGUAGUAUCAGCAUUCACAAUGAUCUAAGAAGUGAUUUCACACGGAAUGACAGUUCUAUCUUUUAAUCUUCUGUGACCUUUCCAACUCAGUUGUAUUGAAAUAUGAUUCACGAACUAAAGAGCCUCUGCUACUGUGAAAACCUUCUGGUCUACACAUCACUGGUCAAUGAAACGCAUUUAUUCAUUGCAAAUCAAACCAGUAAAUCGAUAUCUUAGGGUUAAUUUAGUAGGGAUACACAGUAGUUAAUUAAGGGAUAAACAGGCUAAUUGUUACAACACAAACCAUCCAUUGAGAAAGAAGGAUAGUAUCUUAUCUGUAGUGAAAGAAAACAAUGCAAGCAGGCAGGACUUGUUACAUGUAGCCAAGAUGUUUCUAUCUUUAUGUAUAAUGACGCACUGCUAUUUUGGAGAUAUGUCAGCUGUUCGGUAUUAGCCUUUGGGAAAGCUGGGAAAAAAAGAAAAACAUUUUCAGCUGCUUGUCUGCCAAGGGAAACGGGAUAGCACACUGACCUGAGGAUCUUUGGUCAAAGUUUGGGGAAUAAUCUGGAAGGAAUUUGCAUGAACCACAAAAAAAGCCUGGGUGGACUUUGGUGUUUUUGUCAAUAGCUUCAAAUAUGAUGUGUAUUUUCUGGACUUAAAUGUGAGGAACAUGUCAAGUGCUGCUAAUGAGUUCAACUGAUGUUGCUGACAAUUGCUAAAGGCGUGUGAGAGGACAAGCUCCAAAACAUGGCAUUGAGGAUUCAGCUGGUCAAAGGGCUUGAGGAUGCGACGCUGUGUGAGAAAGAAGCUUGUACAUUUGAGGUGGUCCUCAGUCACGCGUACGUCCGGGGUCAGUGGACCAGAGAUGGAGUUCCUAUUAAAUCCAGGCCUGUGUGUCGAAUUGCCAUGCAGGGCAAAAACCACACACUCACACUGACCCGGGUGACGCUGGCUGACAUGGGCAUUAUCAGCUUCAAGGCUGAAGGGAUUGAAACCUCUGCUAUGUUGACAGUCACAGCCAGGGAUAUAAAGAUUGUGAAGGCUCUUCAGAAUGUCAGUGUGACUGAGAGGGAGAGUUUGACAUUUAUCUGUGAGGUCAACUGGGAAGAUGUGGAUGGGAAGUGGUACAAGGACAACAGCCGGUUGAAAGCAGGGGACAACAUUAAAAUACGAUGCGAGGGUAAAAUACACUCCCUAACCUAUAAAUCAGUCAGAUCAGAAGAUGCCGGUGAGAUCAGAUUCACCGCUGAGAGGGUCUCUUCAACAGCAAUGCUACGAGUCAAAGAGCUUCCGGUUCAUUUUGUAAGGCCGCUGAGGGUGAAGAUUGCCAUGUACAAACACAGAGCAUUACUGGAGUGUCAGGUCUCCCGUGCCAAUGCUGUGGUUGAAUGGUUUAAAAGAAACCAAGAAAUUGUGCCAAAUAGAAAAUACCAAGUUGUUAGUGAAGGUGUUUACAGACAACUCAUCAUAGAGGAUGUGGGGUCUUCAGAUGAAGACACUUUUAUCUGUGAUGCUGUUGAUGAGAGGACUUCUUGCCAACUUUUUGUAGAAGAGCAGGCCAUCAGUAUUUUGAGAGGACUCAGUUCUGUCGAGGUCAUGGAACCUAAAGAGGCUUGUUUUAAAGUGGAAACCAGUAUUAAGUUGGAGAGGGCUCCAAAAUGGACCCUGAAUGGGCAGAUACUGUUCCCCUGUCCAGACAUUAGGAUUGAGAGGCAAGGAACUUCUCACAGACUUAUUUUUACCCAAACUGACAGUAGUAUGUGUGGUACUGUACAGUUCACCUCGGGCAAGAGCAAGUCAGAAGCUCAACUAACAGUUACAGAGCGGCCUUUAAUUGUCAAACAGCCCAUCUCAGAUGUGGAGGAAAAGGAGAACGGGUCAGUAACCCUCAGCUGUGAGUUCUGUCCAUCCCCCAGAGUGGUGCGCUGGUUUAAGGGCAGAACACCUUUGUUUGCCUCCAAUAAGUAUACAAUAAAGCGGGAGAAGAACCGGGUUGAGAUGACCAUCCUGGGUGUGAAGGCAGCAGAUUCGGGAGAGUAUCGCUGUGUGGCUGGUGGAUCAGAAACAAGAGGAAAAGUCAAUGUAAAAGUGAAAAAGUUGAAGAUCAUAAGACACCUGGAGCAAGUAGAGGCUGAGGAAGAUGGGACUGCAGUGUUCUGCUGUGAACUGAAUCACGAGUCGCCCAGUGUCCAGUGGCUUCUCAAUGACAAAGUGCUACAUACCAACCACAUCAACAAAAUCCAGAACUCUGGAAAAGUGUACAGUCUGAUACUGAAACGUCUUACUCCUCAAGAGAGCCGUAUAACAUUCAAAAGCCUUGAUAUCAGUGAAUCUGCAUUCCUCAGGGUCAGAGAAAAGCCAGCAGUGUUCUUCAGGUCACUGGAGGAUGUAGCAGGUGAAGAGCGUGGUGAAAUCCUUCUGCAGUGUGAGGUUUCCAAGCCAUCUGUGACGCCAGUCUGGAGGAAAGAUGGUGAAAUACUGAACUCCACUGAGAAGUAUGAGAUUCUCCAUGUGGGAAAAUCCUUGACACUUAAAAUUCACAAGCUGAUAAAGGAAGACGGAGGGGAGUACAGCUGUGAUAUUGGCUGCAGCCAAACUAAAGCUAAAGUCACAGUUCGGGACCUCCACAUAACUAUUGUCAAACGCAUACGGACCGCAACUGUGCUGGAAGGAGAAAGCUGUAGUUUUGAGUGUGUUCUGUCCCAUGAAAUCAUCGAUGAAGCAUUCUGGAAUAUGAAUGGCCAGCUUAUUGUUAGCAAUCGACGGAUCAUAGUCGCUAACGAGGGUCGCAAAUACACAAUGAGCAUAGAGGAAGUGAUGACAUCUGAUGCCGGUGAAGUGGUCUUUAGUAUUAAAGAACUCAGUUGCAGGACUAUGCUUUUUGUCAAAGAGAAACCUGUGAGAGUUUUUAGGGAUAUGCUCAAUGUAAAAGCGACACCCGGGGAGGAUCCAGAGCUCAGCUGUGAGAUCACUAAACCUGAUGCAACAGUUAAAUGGCUGAAAAAUGGCAGACAAAUUAGAGUCAGCCCGAAAUAUGAAAUCACUCAAAAGGACUAUCUGGUGAAGCUCAUCAUCCAUAAUGCAGCCAUAAUGGACUCUGGAGAAUACUGCUGUGAGGCUGAUGGGAUCGCAACAAGGGCGAGAUUAGAUGUGAGAGAUUUGCAGCAUGCUUUUGCAAAGGAACUGAAGGAUGUGUUUGCAGAGGAAAAGGGCAUAGUGGUCCUGGAGUGUGAAACCAGGCAGCCUGCCACAACAGUGACAUGGUUAAAAGGCUUGAUGGUGCUCAGAUCGGGGCACAAGUACAUAAUGAAGAAGAAAGAUGUUCUUCUUACUCUGACCAUCUUCAACCUGGAGAAGAGUGACAGUGCUGUUUACAUCUGUGAUGUUGGGACAAUGCAGAGCAGGGCAUUACUUACAGUUCAAGGUCAAAAAGUGGUUAUAGUGGAUGAGCUAGAAGAUAAAGAGUGUCUAGAAGGGGAGACCAUCAUCUUUAGGUGUCGAAUCUGCCCAAGUGACUACACUGAUGUUAAAUGGUACCUGGACGAGACCUUGCUGUACACCAAUGAUCUUAACGAGAUCAUGAUGAUUCCUGGUGGCUACCAUACUCUUACCUUCAAACAGCUGGCACGGAAAGACACUGGCACCAUCAUCUUUGAGGCUGGGGACAAAAGAUCAUACGCAUCACUGUUAGUCAGAGAAAGACGCCCCACUAUUACUAAAGCUUUAGAGAACACAGAAGCAAUUGAAGGAGGAAGUUUGAUGCUGCUGUGCAAGACCUCAAAGCCAUGUCAUAUUGUUUGGUACAAGGAUGGCUGUUUAAUCUGGAAUUCCUCAAAGUAUUUAGUGAGUCGGUCUGGAAAUGAGGCCAGGCUGGCCAUCCGUGAUAUAAAAGACAGUGAUGCAGGCAUAUACGAGUGCAAUGCAGGAUCUGUCAGCACUAAAGCCACUGUGACUGUUAAAGCUAUCCCUGCUGAGUUUACAAAAGAGCUUCUGAACCAGGAGGUGAAAGAGGGAGAAAGUGUGACACUGAUGUGUGAAUAUUCAAUACCCGGCAUCCAGUUUGUGUGGCGGAAAGGACCAGAGACUCUAAAAUCUAGCGAGAAGUACCACAUGAGGCAGAGGAAAUCUUGCAUUUCUCUGGCAAUACACAACGUGAAACCAGAUGAUUCUGGGAAUUACACAUGCAUAUGCAGAGACCAAAAAACUAUGGCUACAGUUACAGUCAAUGCGGUUCCUAUCUCAUUCAUUAAAGAGCUUAAAAACCAAGAGACAGAGGAGGGUAAAACUAUGACCUUACGCUGUGAGCUUUCUAAAGCUGGUGUCCCAGUAGAAUGGCUGAAAGGCAAACAAACUCUCUGUCCUGGGGAGAAGUAUCAGAUGAGGCACAUAGUCACAAUAUUGGAGUUGGUAAUCAGAAACCCAGUGCCAGAGGACAGUGGAACCUACAUCUGUGUGUGCGAGGAUCAAAGCACUAAAGCCGAUAUCAAAAUACGAACUCAACCCAUCACUUUCAAACAAAAGCUAAGAAAUCAAAUGACUGAGGAGGGAAGCAGCGUAAUAUUACACUGUGAGAUAUCCAAAGCAGACAUCCCAGUUGAGUGGAGAAAGGGGAACAUCCUCCUCAAAUCUGGAGAGAAGUACAAGAUCAGACAGAGAGGAUGUAUUCUAGAGCUGAAGAUUUUUAAUUUGACGCAAGAAGAUAGUGGACUCUAUAGCUGUGCAAGUGAAACUGCGGAGACGUCUGCCAACGUCACUGUUAGCGCUCAACAUGUCAUUUUCAAAGAGAAGCUGAAAAACGUAGUGGCUGACGAAGGGAAGACGAUAACAUUGCACUGUGAGGUUUCCAAAACAGGUGUCCCGGUACAGUGGUGGAAGGGAGAUGAACUCCUCCAGUUUGGAGAGAAGUAUAAGAUGAGAGAACGAGACACAUCAGUUGAGCUGAUCAUCAGUGAAGCUGUGGCUGAAGACAGUGGAGUCUACAGAUGUGUCUGUGGAGACCAAAAGACAAAAGCUACUAUCAAAAUAGUUGGUGCUCCUGCUACUUUUAAGCAAGACCUUAAGAACCAAGAAGCUUUAGAAGGGGGAUCUAUAACCCUACACUGUGAGCUUUCCAAAUCUGACGCACCUGUGGAGUGGAGGAAAGGAGAUAAACUCAUCCUUCCAGGUCCACGGUUUCAAAUGAGGCUGAAUGGAAAGACUGCAGAGUUGGUAAUAAGUAAUGUUUUUCCUGAAGAUGCUGGAACAUACAGCUGUGUGACUGGAGACCAAAAGACCACAGCUGAAGUAAAAGUCAAAAGUCUUCCAAUUACAUUCAAGCGAGAGCUUCAGAACCAGGUGUCUAUAGAAGGUGGGAGUGCAGUAUUUACCUGCGAGCUUUCAAAGCCUGGUGCUCCAGUCGAGUGGAGGAAAGGUAGAGUGAUUCUGAAAGCUGGAGCCAAAUAUCACACAACGCUUGAGGGCCGAUUAACCAAACUGGCCAUAAACAACCUUGUGGAAGGUGAUGCAGGAAAUUACACCUGUAAAACCAAAGAUUCACAGUCGACAGCCGAAUUGACAGUUCAAGGACUCCCUGCUACAUUUAAAGCAACUCUUAAGAGCCAAGAAGUUCAGGAAGGGAACAGUGUCACUUUGAACUGUGAACUUUCAAAGGCCGGAGGUCGAGUAGAGUGGUGGAAAGGAGAAGAAAUGCUCAAGACUGGGGAAAAAUAUCAACUGAGACACAAGGAAGCAAAAGCAGAGCUACUAAUAAGGAAGGCACAAUCAGAAGACAGUGGGGUUUAUCGAUGUGUGUGUGGAGAGCAAAAGACUGAAGCCAUCAUCAAAGUUAAUGCUCUCCCCAUAACCUUCAAACAAGAGCUGAAGAAUCAAGAAGGCGAUGAAGGGAACAAUGUCAUCUUGCGAUGUGAACUCUCAAAGGCCAGUGCUGAUGUAGAGUGGAUGAAGGGAGAGGAAGUCCUUACACCUGGAGAAAAGUACCAGAUGAGACAGAUUGGAACUAAACUGGAGCUUGUUAUCAGGAAAGCCAUACCUGAAGAUAGUGGACUCUAUAUUUGCGUAUGCCCGGAUCAGACAUCUAAAGCUACAGUUAAAAUCAAUGCUACUCCAAUCACGUUUAAACAAAACCUGAGAAAUCAAGAGGUGACGGAGGGGAACACUGUUGCAUUGCGCUGUGAGCUUUCCAAACCAGGAGCCACAGUGAAAUGGUGGAAGGGUGCAGAGAUGCUGCUAGCUGGAGAAAGGUAUCAGAUGAGGAUAGAGGGAAGGAUUGCAGAACUUCUCAUCAAAAAUGUCAACUCUGAAGAUGUUGGCUCCUACAGCUGCACUAUGGGAAAAGAAAAGACGGUUGCGGAGGUCAAAGUCAGGGCUCUCCCUGUCACUUUUAAACGAGAACUCCAAAACGAAGUUACCAAAGAAGGUGGGCAGGCUGUGUUUAGCUGUGAGCUCUCUAAACCCGGCGCACAAGUUGAUUGGAGAAAAGGAAGAGUUAUUCUUAAAGCCGAUGACAAGUAUGAAAUGAAGCAAGAGGGAACGUUCACCCAACUGUUCAUACAUAAUGUUGAACCAAGUGAUGCGGGGAACUAUUCAUGUAAAACUAAAGAUUCUGAGUCAACUGCGGAGCUCACUGUUAAGGUUCCACCUAUCACUUUCAAAGUCAAAUUGAAGAAUCAGGAAGUCGAAGAAGAAAAUAAACUCACGUUACAUUGUGAGCUCUCAAAAGCUGGAUGUCCUGUUGAGUGGAGGAAGGGGGAAGAGGUCCUUAGACCUGGGUAUAAGUAUCAAAUCAGGGAAAAUGAUGUUGCAAGGGAGCUGAUCAUCAUGAGCGCCAUGCCUGAAGACAGUGGAGUGUACAGUUGCAUUUGUGGAGAGCAGAAGACCAAAGCCACGGUCAGAGUGAUCGCCACGCCAGUAACAUUCAAACAAAACCUGAAAAACCAAGAAGCUCCUGAGGGAGGUGUUGUUGUUCUGCACUGUGAGCUGUCCAAAGCUGGAGUACCAGUAACAUGGUUAAAAGGGGACGAGGAGAUUUAUAGUGGGACGAAGUAUAAGAUUAAGCAGGAGGGAUUGGCUGCCGAAUUACACAUUAAAAAUGUCCUUCCUAUGGAUGUUGGGGAAUACAGCUGCAUUAUUGGAGACCAGAGAACCACAGCUGAAGUUAAUGUUAGGGCCGCUGCCUCUGUGUUCUUUGAGAAAGAGCUUGAGAGUCAAGAAGCAACAGAAGGAGAAUCUGUCUUGUUUAGUUGUCUGCUCUCUAAUGACAACGCCCCUGUGACCUGGAGAAAAGAUACAGAUCAGAUCGCUCAGGGAGGACGGUAUACCCUCCAUCGAAAAGGCUCCACUCAGGAGCUUGAAAUCAGGAAACUAAGACUGGAGGAUGCUGGCGUUUACACAUGCAACGUCAGGGGCAAAAAGAGCUCUGCGACCCUCAGAGUGAUAGAGCGUGUGAGGAUAGUGAAAGGACUGCGUGACUUGACGGUUACUGCAGGCGAGAGCGCCCACUUUGUUUGUGAGCUUUCACAUGAAAACAUUCUUGAUGGGGUUUGGUGGCUUGCUUCUAAUGUGCUGCAAGAAAACGAGAUGAACCAGAUGAGUAUCUGUGGCCGCCAACACCACUUGACGCUCACUAUGACUACACCUGAAGAGUCGGGUGUUGUGUCCUUUGUGGUGGGAAAUGAAAAGACAUCUGCUCGUCUGCGAGUAAACAGCAAACCUAAAGUUUUCAUCGAGGAAAGACUGAAGGACAUGACCAUUUUUGAGGGAGAUUCUGCCACUCUGUCCUGUGUGACUUCUGACUCCUGCACACCUGUCACUUGGAAACGUAACAAUGUAACCCUGCUGCCUGGAGAAAAGUAUGAACCUCUGAAACAUGGCAAACGUAAUGUUCUUCUCAUUCACAAAGUCAGAACAGAGGAUGCUGGGAUUUACAUGUGCGACACAGGAGACAUGCAGAGUAGUGCUACUCUUACUGUCAAAGAACGUCCUUUGUUUUUCUGCGGGGAGCUCCAGAACCAAGUUGCAGAAGAGGGUGAAACUGCUUUCUUAAGCUGUGAGCUUUCUCAGCCUGCAGUUGCAGUUGAGUGGAAGAAGGGAGCAGUGAUACUUAAGCCAAGUUAUAAAUUUGAGAUGAAGCAGGAUGGAUGUGAGCUACAGCUACAGAUCAACGACCUCACAAGUCAAGACAGUGGGGCCUACAGAUGUUGCGCUGAUGGCAUUGAAACAAGGGCCAGUAUCACUGUGAAAGAGCGUCCUUUGUUUUUCCGUGAGGAGCUUCAAAACCAAGAAACAGAGGAAGGUGAAACUGCCUUCCUGUGCUGUGAGCUCUCUAAACCUGGAGUGCCAGUUCAGUGGAAGAAGGGGGCAAUGCUCUUGAAGAAUGGACACAAGUAUUCAAUGACGCAAGAAGGCAAUGAAGUACUGCUUCAGAUUCAUGACCUGACAAGUCAAGACAGUGGCAUCUACAGAUGCUGUGCUGGCAACCUCGAAACACGGGCUAAUAUUGUUGUUAAAGAGAAACCUCUUUUCUUCUUUGAGGAACUCCAUAACCAGCAGGCAGAGGAGGGUGAGACCGCUUUCCUUUGCUGUGAGCUCUCCAAACCAGGAGUUGAGGUGCAAUGGAAGAAGGGGGCAAUACGACUGAGACCCGGAAACAAAUAUGAGAUGAAACAAGAAGGCUGCAAAGUACAGUUACAGAUCCAUGACCUGACAUCUGAGGAUAGUGGCACAUACAAGUGCUGCUCUGGAAGCCUUGCUACAACUGCGUCUGUUGUGGUCAAGGAACAUCCAUUGUACUUCAUCCGGAUGCUUGAGUGUCAAGAAGCAGAAGAGGGGGAAACUGUUUUUCUUUGCUGUGAGCUUUCAAAACCUGGGGCUGCUGUACAGUGGAAGAAGGGAUCUGUGCUGCUAAAGCCUGGAAGGAAGUAUGAAAUAAAGCAGAAUGGUGGUGAACUGCAGCUUCAGAUCAAUGAGCUCACAAGCCAUGACAGUGGUGUUUACACAUGCUGUGUUGGCAGUUUAGUGACCUCAGCAUCUCUGGAUGUGAAAGAACAACCUCUGUAUUUCUGCGAGGAGCUUCAAAGGCAAGCAGUAGAAGAAGGUGAGACUGCCGUACUGAGCUGUGAACUCUCUAAAGCCGGGGUAGAGGUGCAGUGGAAGAAGGGAAUGAUGCUGCUUAGACCAGGACACAAAUAUAAGAUGAAACAAGAUGGCUGUAAAAUGCAACUUCUGAUACUUGAGUUGAGCUGUCAGGACAGUGGCAUCUACAAAUGUUGUGCUGGAAGCUUGGAGACCUCAGCAUCUCUUGAUGUGAAAGAAUCUCCGGUUGUCUUCCAAGAAGAGCUCCAAUAUCAGGAGGUAGAGGAGGGCAAAAUGGCCCUCCUGACCUGUGAACUGUCAAAACCUGGAGUUGCUGUGCAAUGGAAAAAGGGAACAUUGUCUCUAAAACCAGGAAACAAGUAUAAGAUAAAGCAAGAUGGCUGUCUAAAGCAGCUUCAGAUAUGUGACCUGAAAAGUGAAGACAGUGGAUCUUAUAGAUGUUGUGCUGGCAGUCUGGUCACAGCUGCAGAUCUUGUGGUAAAGGAACCCCCCUUGUUCUUCUCUGAGGAGCUCCAAAACCAUGAAGCAGAAGAGGGUAAGACUGCAAUUUUGUCUUGUGAGCUCUCGAAACCUGGUGUCUCUGUGCAGUGGAAGAAAGGAACAGUGUUGUUGAAGCCAAGUCAAAAGUAUGAUAUAAAGGAAAAUGGCUGUCAGUUACAGCUUCACAUUCAUGAGCUAACAGCUCAAGACAGCGGGUCCUACAAAUGUUGUGCUGGAAGUCUGGUCACAACUGCAUCUCUUGUGGUAAAAGAACACCCCUUGUUUUUCUCCAAAGAGCUCCAAAACUAUGAAGUAGAAGAUGGUAAAACCGCAAUAUUGUCUUGCGAGCUCUCGAAACCUGGAGUCUCAGUGCAGUGGAAGAAAGGAACUGUGCUUUUAAAACUGAGUAAAAGAUAUGAGAUAAAACAGGACGGUUGUCAGCAACAGCUUCAGAUUCAUGAGUUAACAGCUCAGGACAGUGGAACCUACACAUGUUGUGCUGGAAGCCUGAUCACAACUGCAUCUCUUCUGGUGAAAGAAAAGCCAUUGUUUUUCUGUGAUGUGCUACAAAACCAAGAAGCAGAGGAGGGUAAUACAGUUAUAUUUCGCUGUGAGCUCUCUAAACCUGGAGUCUCAGUGCAGUGGAAGAAAGGAACAGCGUUGCUGAAGCCAGGUCAAAAAUAUGAAAUAAAAGAGGAUGGCUGUAAACUACAGCUCAAUGUUCAUGAAUUAACAGCUCAAGACAGCGGGACCUACAAAUGUUGUGCUGGAAGCCUGGUCACAACUGCUUCUCUUGUGGUGAAGGAAAAGCUAUUGUUUUUCUCUGAGGAGCUACAAAAUCAAGAAUCAGAGGAGGGUAAAACAGCAAUAUUGUGCUGUGAGCUCUCUAAUACUGGAGUCUCAGUGCAGUGGAAGAAAGGUAUGGUACUUUUGAAGCCAAGUAAAAAAUUUGAGAUUAAACAAGAUGGUCGUCAACUUCAGCUUCAGAUUCAUGAACUAACAACUCAGGACAGUGGGACCUACAAAUGUUGCGCUGGAAACAUAGUCACAACUGCUUCCCUUAUGGUAAAAGAACAUCCUUUGUUCUUUUCUGAGGAGCUACGAAACCAAGAAGCAGAGGAAGGAAAUAUGGUUAUAUUGCGCUGUGAGCUCUCUAAACCUGGAGUCUCAGUGCAGUGGAAGAAAGGAACAGUGCUUUUGAAGCCAAGUAAAAAAUAUGAGAUGAAACAGGAUGGUCGUCAAGUAUAUCUCCAAAUCAAUGAACUAACAGCUCAGGACAGUGGGGCCUACAAAUGUUGUGCAGGGAACCUAAUAACUUCUUGUUCUGUAACGGUGAAAGAGCCACCAAUAUUCUUCCGCAAGAACCUCCAAAGUCUUGAAGCAGAAGAAGGUAAGAUGGCCACCCUGAAAUGUGAGCUCUCCAAAGCUGGAGUUGCUGUUCAAUGGAAGAAGGGAACUGUGCUGUUAAAACCAGGAAAGAAGUAUGAGAUGAAACAAAAUGGCUGUCUGCUACAACUCCAAAUAUAUGACCUUAAAAGUGAAGAUAGUGGCUCUUACGUAUGUUGUUCUGGUAGCAUAGUGACGACUGCUUCUCUUGUUGUAAAAGAACAUCCCUUGUUCUUCUCUGUGGAGCUGCAAAACCAAGAUGCAGAGGAGGGUAAAACUGUUAUAUUGCAAUGCAAGCUCUCUAAACCUGGAGUCUCGGUGCAGUGGAAGAAAGGAACUGUGCUUUUAAAACCAAGUACAAAAUAUGAAAUGAAACAAGAUGGUUGUCAACUACAGCUUCAGAUCCAUGAGCUAACAACUCAGGACAGUGGAGCUUACAAAUGUUGUGCUGGAAGCCUGGUGACUUAUGGUUCCAUUAAAGUUAAAGAGCAACCUAUAUUUUUCUGCAAGAGCCUUCAAAACCUUGAGGCAGUUGAAGGCGAAAUGGCAAUACUGACCUGUGAACUCUCCAAACCCGGUGUUGCUGUGCAGUGGAAAAAGGGAACAGAAUUGCUAAAACUAGCAAAGAAGUAUGAGAUGAAGCAGAAUGGCUGUGAAUUGCACCUUAAAAUAUGUGAUCUAAAAUGUCAGGACAGUGGCAUCUACAAAUGCUGUGCUGCUGGGAUAGAGACCACAGCUUCUGUGGUUGUAAAAGAAGCUCCUCCGAGAAGUAAAGCUGUCCCUGAAGCCCCACCUAGAUCAAAGGGAAAGAAUAUUAUGGACGAAGCACUCAGUGGACAAGUUCAACAAAAAGAUGCAGUGGAAAUUGAAGAAUCAGAUAUUUCCAUGUUGAAGCAUUCAGAUGUUGCCAUCCAGGAUCUCCUUGAGAAAUCAGCAGAUGACCAGGAAAUCCAGAGAAAAUUAUUGGUGAGGCAAAAGGAAAGAAAUGGAAGUUCUGUAAUCAAUGAGUCUGAUCACACCAUAUACAAACCUCCUACAACCAGUGUACCUGAAGAACAAAGAAACAAACUGCUAGACACCAGUGAUGUUACUAAGAUUUCUGUGGAUCAGAACAUUAAUCAAGUUUCAGAGCAAUCUGAAAAGAAAUCUCCAAGAAUAGAUCCUAAUGAGCAGAGCAAGAAAGCACCUAAAGAAAUUCCCCAACCUCCACCACGAUCAAAGGGUAAGGCCACAAAUCCAGAUGCUUUACUCCAAGACCAGCACAAUGGUUUUAAAACGAGCAGACCGAAUAUUAAAGAGCCAGAUGUGGACAAGGAGGUCAAAAAACAAUAUGAUGUCAUGCAGCCAAAUAUGGAGGCCACAAAGGCAUCGAAAGAGGUUGACCAAACACUUAAAAAGGAGAAGUUUUCCCAAUCGCACAUUGAAGCCAAAGGACAACCUUAUGUUUCGGAAGACAAUAGGCAAAAUAUUGAUGUAAAACAAACUGUGGGUACAACUUUGAAGGUGUCUGAAUAUGGCUCAGACCGACCAGGCUUUAAAGAGAUAACUUCCAAACACAUCGAAACAUCUCAAGAACCACCAAGUAAUUUAGAGGAAAUUAAAAGGUAUGGCAAACUAGAAUUAAAUUUAAAUAAUGAAUCAAAGAAAGAGCCAACUUUGGUCCCCAUCACUAAGGCAUCAGAGGUUGAUGAAUUUGCCCGCCAUUCGAAUGAAAAGAAGGAACUGAUGGUACUGGAUAAAACUGAAACUCAUGAGAAGCCAAACACCCAGUCUAAAAAGGGACCAGACAUUGAAAAAGUUCAAUUCAGGGAUGAACGUCAUGAAAAAUCAACUACUGUUAGAGAAAAAGAAGCAAGUAUUGAUAUCACAACCCAGAAACCCAAAGAACAAACCAUACUUUCAAAGACAUUGACAACAAUUCCUGUUAGGGGCAUGCAAAAGGAUUCCCAGGAAAGUGAUACUAAUUUACCACACACUGAUAGCCGGUAUCUAGAAAAUGUCAAGCAGGCUGUGGAUGAACAUCAUGGAAAAGUACUAAAGCAUGUUACAGAAGAAGCAUCAAAUAUUGCCAUUACAGGCCAGAAAGAGGUAAUUCCUGUAGAGGAAACUACAAGAAUGCCUUUUAAGGAUGUGCGGAGGGAAUCACAAGAAGAUGAAUCAGACUUACUGCACAUUGAUAAUGGAGAAAAGAAAAAUGUCAAGCAGGUCAUUGAUAAACAUGAUGAAAAAGUUGCAAAAUAUGUUAAGGGCAAAGUACCAAGCUUUGCAGCACAAACAUUUAAAGAAGAAGCAAUUCCUGCAGAGAAAGGUACUAGUAGGCCUAUUAAAGAUUCACAAAACGAUAAACCAAAUUUACAACAAACAAGCAUUGAAGAUCAGAAAAAUGUCAAGCAAGUUGUGGAUGAAAGUGGACGUGUGCGUAGGGAUUCACUGGAAGCUGAUUCAGACUUGCUAUUCAUUGAUACCACAAAGAAGAUGAACAUCAAGCAGGUCAUGCAUGAACAUGAUGGAAAAGAAUCAAAGCAUAUUAAAGAGAAAGAGCCUAGCGUUAAAAGCCAGAAGCUCAAAGAACAUAUCAUUCCUGGGGAGAAAGUUACUGCAGUGCCUUUUAGAAAGGUGCAGAAGGCAUCAGAGGAAGUUGAACUGAAAAGUAAUGUAAAGCAUGUCGUUCAUGAAAAUUAUACCGGACAAUCCAACACUCGACCUGAGGACAUAAGUGUAGAGAAAACCUCAAAAGUUGAACAAGACGUAGAUCUCGAGGAUGAGCCAGAGAUGCUUGAAGCUGCCAUUAAGAUACAAGCUGCUUUCAAGGGCUACAAAACAAGAAAGGACAUGCGGCUCAUCUUUAAAGAGGUUUUCAAAAACCAGAGUAUUGACCUUGGUGGCACUGCUUUCCUGGAGUGUGUCGUGGAAGGUAAAAUCAGCUCUGUGCGCUGGCUUAAAGAUGGAGUAGAUCUCAAGCCUGGGAAAAGGCACACAAUCACCCACAAUCCAGAUGGUGGGUGUCGUCUAGAAAUUUGCAAUGUUACUCAUAAAGAUGCUGGAAUCUACACGUGUGAAGUUGCGAACAAGUUUGGAGCUGUUAGUUACAAUGGGAAUGUGAUGGUUGUUAAACCUCAGAAGCAGUCACAAACAAUUCAGCCUGCACAAAUGCCAGGUACUGAAACUGUCACAGAGAAGACGGUUGUGCCUACUGUAAAUACUGAAGAGGAGUCAUUGAGACUUGUAUAUGACCUUCCGGCAGAUGACACCUACAGCAAGAUCCAGGAGAAAAGGAGAAGUCUCAUUUCUGUCAGCUCCAUAUCCUGCCACUCAGAUUAUGACACAGCACCUGAUGUUGAGACGGAAACCCAGUCUAGGGGAAGAGAGACAGGAGAAUCAAAAACUGAGGCUCCUACUACACACACUUCAGAAGAAGAACAAAUGAUUAGUCUACAAACUCCAAAAACUACAGACCAGCUGAAAGUAAAAGGUGGUGAUGCAAAGAGCCACACACCUUCUCCCAAACGCAUGCAUUCCUACAAGUCAUCUGCAAACACCGAGUCAUUCUCUGAGUCAGAUGGAGAUGAUGACAGAAGAGAGACAUUUGAUAUUUAUGUUGCUAAAACCGACUGUCAUCCAAUGGGAGGAAACAGGGAGGCAUUUGUACUGAAGGAAGGUCAGUUUGUGGAGGUCCUGGACUCAGCCCAUCCUGUUAGAUGGCUUGUCCGUACCAAGCCAACCAAGAUCACACCAUCCCGUCAGGGCUGGGUGUCCCCGGCAUACCUAGAAAAGAAGACACGGGAAAUAUUUUCAUUGGCCCAUGAAUCCGAGACAAGAGAAACCCCUGAUAAAAGCAGAAAGAUUUUCACAAAAGAUGAGCACAGCUUGAUCCAAAGUCGCUUAAUCAAGGGACUUCUUGAUGGUGAAAACAGUUUUGUUCAGGAGAUGAACUUCUUUGUGGAGCAUCAUUUACAAUACUUGGAGACAAGCUGUAAAGUUCCUCUCACCAUCCUGAGUCAAAAAGAGUACAUAUUCAGAAAUUUCAGGGACAUUGCAAGUUUCCAUGAAUGCUGUAUUCUGCCCAAGCUGGAGAUGUGCUUCUCAGAUGAUGAUGUUGCCCAGUGUUUUGUCGGUUAUGCAGCGGACUUUGAAAUGUAUCUCCAGUUCAUUACAGGCCUGCCCCAAGCUGAGGCCUGCAUAUCUGACAAAAACACACAGCAUUUCUUUAAGCAAUAUGCAAACAUAGAGCUGGCAGAUCUGGAUACCCAGGUCUUCAGUGUUGGCACAUAUUUGCAGAGACCCAUGGAAAGAAUUGAAACAUACAAGACUGUGCUUAAGGAGAUGAUCAGGAACAAAGCAAAAAGCGGACAGAACUGUUGCCUAUUAGAGGAUGCCUUUGCCAUGGUUUCUAGCUUGCCAUGGCGUGCAGAGAACUUGCAUCAUCUGUCCAUGAUUGAAAAUUACCCGGCACCUCUCAAGGGGCUCGGAGAACCCAUUAGACAGGGCCACUUUACAGCAUGGGAGGAGAUUCCUGAGGUCAAAAGCUCUCAGAGAGGACAUCACCGCCAUGUCUUUCUCUUCAAAGACUGCAUAGUCUUCUGCAAGCCAAAAAGAGAAGUUGGCACACACACCGAGGCCUACAUAUUCAAGAAUAAAAUGAAGUUGAGUGAUAUUGAUGUAAAGGACACAGCAGAAGGAGAUGACAGAUCAUUUGGGCUUUGGCACGAGCAUCGGGGAAUGGUGAGAAAAAUCAUUUUGCAAGCUCGUUCCAUCCUCCUUCGUCUCUCCUGGCUCAAAGACCUGAGAGACCUGCAACAGCGCAACAAACAGCCAGCUUGGUGUGCCCCAUGCUUUGAGCAGCAUCUUACUGACUAUCCAGCAAAGCUUGGGCAAACUGUUAAACUGGUCUGCAAGGUCACUGGUACACCAAAGCCAGUAGUAAAGUGGUAUAAAGAUGGCCACGCUGUGCAGGAUGAUGAGCAUCACAUUACAUCAGAAGGACAGUUUGGUGCUUGUUAUCUUGUACUGACUGGUGUCACCGUGGCACACUCCGGUCAAUACAUGUGUUAUGCAACCAAUCCCGCAGGGAAUGCAAGCACUCUGGCUAACAUUAUGGUUGAUGUGCCUCCAAGUUUCACAACCAGACUGCAGAACGCAGUGCUUGUAAAAGGACAAGAUGUGCAGUUCAAGUGUUCCACACAAUCUGUUCCUUUCCCAUCAAUAAGGUGGUUUAAGGAUGACAUUCAGCUUGAGGACAGUAGGAAACACCUGAUCCAGUCUGAUGUUCAGACAGGAAUUCUUACUCUUACUAUAAAGAAAGCUGACGAGGCCGACGUGGGUCAAUACCAGUGUGAGCUACUGAACGAAGUGGGCAGUGCCAUGUGUAAAGCUGAACUCUGUGCUCCAGCAGCAGAAGCUGUGACAGUCAGCUCUCAGAAACAAUCACAAACUGUCCCAGAGGCCCAAUCAGAAGGCUGGUCCAGUUCCUUUGUGAAGAACCUGUUUCAUAUACUCUUUCAACCUGGAUACCCUGAACCAGCCACUGCACUCACUGUGGAGGAACAGCAUGACGUGGAGAGGCAGGAGUCACCAGAAGAGCCAGAGGAAACACACUUUUACUCAGACACAGAGGAGCAUCAGCUCACAGAGCCUCCAGCUGUACAGGUGGCCAUUGAAGACCUUACAAUCCGACCUGGUCAGCCUGCAACGUUCUGUGCUAUUAUUACUGGCCACCCUAGACCAGAGAUUCAGUGGUUCAAGGAUGACGUAGAGAUCUCAUCCAGUGAGUACACGGUAAUAGUCCAAAAUGGUGCACGUUGCUCUCUCACUUUGCUGGAUACUCAAACAGAGGACUGUGGCACCUACACCUGUAUAGCUAGUAACAGUGCAGGACAGGUGUUUUGUCACGCACAGCUUAAUGUUGACACAGGCCCAGAAGAAAUUGAAGAGUCGAGAGAAGUGGAAUUUGGAAAAAGACGGAAACUACAUUCUGUGUAUGAUGUUUAUGAAGAAAUAGGAAGGGGCACUUUUGGAGUGGUUAAAAAAGUCACACACAAGGCGAGUGGUGAAUGCUUUGCUGCCAAGUUUCUUCCACUCAGGAGCAGCACGCGAACCCGAGCGUUUCAGGAGAGAGACCUGCUGUCCCGUCUUGCUCACCGCAGACUCGCCUGCUUGCUGGACUUUUUCUCCACAAGACGCACGCUGGUCUUGGUGGUAGAAUUAUGUUCUUCACAAAGCUUACUAGAUCAUUUGUUUUUAAAGGGAUCGGUCACAGAGAGGGAGGUCCAGUUAUAUAUUCAGCAGGUUCUGGAGGGAAUUGGAUACAUACAUGGUAUGAAUAUACUACAUCUGGAUAUCAAAACAGACAACAUCCUAAUGGUGUCCCCCACAAGAGAAGACAUCAAAAUAUGUGACUUUGGCUUUUGCCAGGAAGUUGACAGCUCCAGACAUCAAUACAGCAAAUUUGGAACUCCUGAGUUUAUUGCUCCAGAAAUUGUCCACCAAGAGCCUGUGACAGCAGCCACUGAUAUCUGGUCUCUUGGUGUGGUUGCUUACUUAUGCUUAACAUGCCACUGUCCUUUUUUCGGGGAGAACGACCGUGCCACACUGAUGAAGGUUGCCGAAGGUGUGCUGUACUGGGACACACCUGAAAUCACAAGCAGAAGUGUGGAGGCACAGGACUUUCUACAUAGGGUUCUACAGCCAGACCCAGAAAAGAGGCCAUCUGCAUCUGAGUGUUUGAGCCAUGAGUGGUUCCAGGGUUACUAUGAAGAUGAAGAACCAGUGGAAAUAAACACCAAGAAUUUAAAAUCUUUCAUUUCAAGGAGAAAAUGGCAGCGUUCUUUAACAUGCCUCGGCUCAGUUCUGACUCUAAGACCAAUCCCAGAGUUGUUGGAGGCUCCUCUGCGUGACGUUGCGAUUACAGCUCCAAGAGACACCCAGCAGCCCAGCAGUACAUCCUUAAGUAGCGGAUCCUCUUCAGAGUACGAUGAGGCAGAUGCCUGGGACUUCUUCCAGCAGGUCAGCGAGGAGGAGGAAGAUGAUUUGGAGGAAGAUGAUGAACACACUCAUGUGUCAAAGUCUCCCACUAUUUUAAAACGGGAUGAAGAAGAAGUGCUCAUCGGUGAGGACGGAGUUCACAGCGGCCCAUUGGUGAUUCCUGUGACUGGAUCGUCAAUGGAGCCCAUCGGUUUGGAGCAGCGAGACGACAGCCCUUCUGUUCUUCUCUCUGAGGGGGAUGAAGGAUUGACUGGUGGGCCUCCUAUACCGCGUCGUAUCCUCAUCAAGAGUACUUUUUACUGCAGCUCCGAGCAGCUUUCACCUAUGUCUGCUCGUCACAUGACGCUUCGGGAUAAAAUCCAAGCUAAAAAGCAAGAGCGUGGCCGUAAACCUCUCCGUGCUAGCCUCUCUGGCAGGUUAAAUGAACCCCUCAUUGAGUAUGUAGAAGAUUCCCCAGACCUAGAAGCGAAUCGUAACCAGAGAAGAGCAUCGAUGCAUGCGUCUAUCCUCAAGUCCAGCUCAUUUGAUAGUGGAGUGAGUGCUGGUCAUCCAAGCAUAUGCACCCAGAGAAGAAGCAGGUCAUUAGAUGUUUACACUCAACGCUCACCAGUUUCAACGGUGCAAGGAGAGGAUGAGCAUGAUCCUGAAAUUAACAAGAAAACAGACGAAGAAGAGGAGAAAACUGAAGAAGUCCAGGUUAGAAGGAAACUCUGCCGUCGCUCUGCGUUUUUGUCAAAGAAGGGACCUGUAAAUGUGAGAAAGCAGAAAGACGAGGUCCAAGAAUCUGAUGAAGAACAUCAGGAAGAUUCAAAAAGUACAUGUGAGGAUGAUCACCAAUUGCAGAAUUUGGAAACUGAAGCAGCCCAAUCAGAUGAUGAGGAGAGCGUGGAUGGCUCUCACAUUUCAUUAGCAUGCUCUCUUGACCAUGGCUCAGACGCAGGAUCAUAUGAAGCACUUCCCCACAGAUCCCACCAUGAUGCCUUCGUGAUUGCUGGAUCUUCUGGCAAAACAUCUGCAUGCUCUUUACUUCAGGACUCUGAGGAUGAGGACAUGGAGAGAGUCUUGAGAUCUCUUCGCCAAGACCUCCCACAAGCCCCACCAAGACGCCGCACCAACAGUUCAAGCUCUGGACUAAAUGAGGUUCGCCGUAAGAGCAGUGUCCCACUGAGAAGAAGCUCCUCUGCUGUUCCUGUUCAGGCUGCAAUAGCAGAUCGGGAAAGCAAAGAGGUGCUUCAAAGACAUGCUUCAGCCCCGGCUCUACAAGACAAACCUCCAAGUGGGAAAUCUUCCAAGCCUGGAUUCAUGAAGAUCUUCCGCAAGCAUUCCUGGGCUAGCCAUUCUUCUCCUCAACUAGAGGCACCGGAAAAGAAACAUGCAGAUGGAGCUCAACCCAAGACCCCUCUUCUAACGCUGAGGAAAAAGAUGCGAGCUUCAGCCUCUAGUAUUACGAAACUGUUCACCCGACAGUCCAGCAAGGAGGACGUGGAGAAGAAGAAAGUUGGUCCAAUUGUGAAGAAUGCCUCCCAUAUCAUGCAAGAGCAGAUGACCUUUUCAGUUCCAGCUCCCACCUCAUCUGAAAGCCCUCAGAAGAAGAGCAAACUGUUCUCACUGAAAGUGCCAAUAUUUAAAAAAAGCAAAGAAUGUCCAGUCAAACCAUCCAGGCCAGAUGUAAUUCAGCUUGCAGGAGGAGGAGCUCUUGUCUUCUGGAAACCUGUGCCAUCCAAAGAGCUUGUCACAUAUUGUAUUCAGUAUAGUGUAAAUGGUGGCGAGUGGAGAGUGUUGUCAGAAAAUGUCACAGAUAGCUGUUUCACUGCUAAAACCCUACCAAGAGGACCAGGAUAUAUGUUCAGAGUUUCCUAUCACACUAAGACAGGGCUGGCACCUUUCAGUGAUCCAUCACCACCUGCCUUCAUGGCAAUACCUUAUGAAGACUCUCACAGUCCUCUUAUUGAGAUGGAGUCCAUUGGGUCAAAGAUCACUGUACCUGGAGGUCUUGGCACCGAAAAGUCUUAUAAAUUCCUUUCUGAAAUCAACAGAGGCCGUUUCAGUGUGGUGAUGCAGUGCGAGGACAGCCGCAGCUCUCAGAUGCUGGCAGCUAAAAUGACUCCCUACAAACCAGAGCAGAGGCAGCUGGUUUUGAGGGAAUAUCAAGUGCUCCGUCGACUCAGCCACCCUCGAAUCGUCCAGCUGCAUUCGGCCAUCCUCACCUCCACCUGCCUGCUGCUUAUAGAGGAGCUGUGCUCAGGGCGAGAGCUGCUUUAUAACCUCGCAGAAAGGAAUCUUUAUUCAGAAGCACACGUGACUGACCUGCUGGAGCAGAUUCUGAGCGCUGUGGAUUACCUGCACAGUCGACGCAUUGUACACCUGGACCUGAAGUCAGAUAACAUGCUUGUGACGGGCAAAAAUUUAGUGAAGAUUGUGGAUUUAGGCUCCGCUCAGCCGUUUAAUCCAGGACAGGCGCUGAACAUUGAACAUAUCAGGGAAAUGACAGAUAAUAAAGGUUAUAUUGUCCUUCCUAAAGCUCCUGAAAUCUUAGAAGGACAAGGAGUUGGCCCUGAAACCGAUAUCUGGGCUAUUGGUGUUUUGGCUUUUAUAAUGUUGAGUGCAGACAGUCCUUUCCAUGCAGAUUUAAAUUGGGAGAGGGAUCGAAACAUCAAAAAAGGCAAGAUCCAGUUUAGUCGCUGUUACCCAGGUCUCUCAGAAGGAGCCAUCAACUUCAUGAAGAACACCCUGAGCAACAAAGCCUGGGCAAGACCAACAGCAGCAGAGUGCCUCCAGAACCCCUGGAUUGAAGGAGAGCAUCCGUCCUCCAAACACGCGGACUCUGUGGUGUGCUUUUCAGCAGACAAGCUGCAGGCCUAUCUCAGGGAACGAGAGGCCAAGAGAGACCACGUCCGCACAAAAACUCAACUGCCCCUCUCAUGAUUCAAGAGUGGACAAAAGUCAUAUGUCAAACUGUGAAAUGAGUGAGGUUUAUUUUUGUGCUGCACUUCCAUGCGGGAAUAUAUGAUGCUUAACAUUUUUAGCAGUAAUGAUAUUUGGUUGUAUUUCUUUAGAUGUUUGAUUACAGUUUAUUUCAAGGUUUGCUUGAUAGUUAGUAUUUAUUCCUAUUGAGUAGUGUUAAUUUGCUACAAAUACUUACUACAGUAUAUGCUUAGGCUUAGAAUGCUGGUUAGGUUUAUAGUUAGUGCAAUUAUAAUUAAUAUAGUAAGUACAUGGAAUAUGAAAUAUGUGGGACGUGUAACUAGGACACCUUAAAAUAAAGUGUUACUGAUUUUUUUUCAACAGGUGCAGUGAGACAGCCUGCAUGACAGUGUUUUGAUGACUGCUUUGUCAUUGAUACAUUCAUUUUAUAAACAUGAUUUUAAAAUAGUGUGAACAAAUCUGUAUCACGGCUUUAUGAAUGGCAUAAAAACUGUUUUUACAAACUUUUAAAAAUGUAAUACACAUUUUAAAUGAUUUAGGGUGCUUUUGAUUCACACAUUUAGCUGGAAUUACUGAAGAAUCCCAGUUUGUCUGUCCGUCUAUCAAUCUGUUAAUCUAUGAAUGCAAGAUGUUGGGUUUUAGCUGUUAUAUAAUAAUCUAAUCUAUAUAAUCUAAUAAUAUAAUAAUCU